UCUGAGCUAACAGCAUUCAAGCUUCCUUACUUUUAGUCUCCAUGCUACUUAACCCUUGAACUUCCGAACUGAGGCCUAUCUACAGCAAAAGUACUUAAGACCAGGGCCAAAGAAAAUGGGUGAGAAGGGCUCAAAACCAAUUUUUCAAUUUCCUUAGAAUAAAUGAAAUUCUCUCACUCCACAUGUAAAAGAAAAUUUCAAAUUUAAAUUCCAUCUCUUCACUAAUAGAACAGACUGACCCUCAAUUAAAAAAAAAUAAAAUAAAAAUAAACAAACCUCAGUCUAGGGAGAUAGUUUAGAGGGUAACAGCACUCACCACUAAGCUUAACAACCUGAGUUCAAUCCUAGAGUCCACAAGGUGGAAGGAGAGAAUGGACUCCUGCAAAUUGUCCUCUGACCUCCAUAUGUACACCAAGUAAAAUGUAAUUUUAAAAAAAUCUCUCCAAUUAACUCUGUAGUUCCUGGUGCACUAAACAACUCCUCUCUGACAUUUCCUGGCUUCCAUUCCACUGCCGCCAGCCACUAUAACAAGUCCUCUCUAGAGAGAGGAAGCCUCCAGUCACUGUUUCCUGCCAGCAGCAGGGCAGCAAGGGGGUGCUGAUUCCCAACUGAACAACAAGAAAGCAGGAAAGGCUACAAAGAUGGCUUGGGGAAGUAACCAACCCAUACCCUAUACCCCUGCUCACCCCCUUUCUGGAAUACAUGAGGAUCUUUCUUUUAGAAAAGAAAACAACAACAACAACAACAAAACAACAAAAAGAAACCCAAACACUACACUUGAGGCUGGAAAGAUGGCUGUGGCUGGCAGUAAAGAGUGCUGGGUGUUCUUCCAGAGGACCCGAGUUUGAUUCCCAGAACCCACGUGGGGGCUCACAACCAUCUGUGACAUUGUUCUGGAAACCAACCCCCUCUUCUAGCCUCUGUCAGCACUGCAUGCAUGCAUUGCACAGAUAGACUUGCAAACAAAUGGCCAUGCACAUAUAAUAAAAAUAAGUAAGUCUUAAAAAGAAAAAACCUACACUCAAAGUCCAAUAUUUCUUUUUGCACAGUGUCAUUUCAAAAGUCAAAGAAAACCUGUCUGGGGUGGCUAGAAAAGAGAGUGCAGCUUGAGUGACUGGAACACUCCCUCCAUUUCAGUCUGGAGUUGGAGGUCAUAUUCAAACACCACAACAGCUUGGCCCCUCACAGAACAUUAACAGAUUUCCUCACUCUCCACCUAUAAGAUCAUCAUGGAAGUCUCAAGGGAAAUGCUAUUUGAAGAACUGGACAACUACUCCUAUGCCUUAGAAUAUUACUCCCAGGAACCUGACGCAGAGGAGAAUGUGUACCCGGGAAUCGUUCACUGGAUCUCCCUGCUCUUAUAUGCCCUUGCGUUUGUUCUGGGAAUUCCAGGGAAUGCCAUCGUCAUUUGGUUCAUGGGAUUCAAGUGGAAGAAGACGGUCACCACUCUUUGGUUUCUCAAUCUGGCCAUUGCAGACUUCGUCUUUGUUCUCUUCCUGCCUCUGUAUAUUUCCUAUGUGGCACUGAGUUUCCACUGGCCCUUUGGCCGAUGGCUCUGCAAGCUUAAUUCCUUCAUUGCCCAACUGAACAUGUUUUCCAGUGUAUUCUUCUUGACAGUGAUUAGCCUGGACCGCUACAUUCACUUGAUCCACCCUGGCUUGUCUCAUCCGCACCGGACCCUGAAGAACUCACUGCUUGUUGUUCUAUUUGUCUGGCUGUUGGCUUCUCUGCUCGGAGGUCCUACCCUGUACUUCCGGGACACCGUGGAGGUCAACAACCGCAUUAUUUGUUAUAACAACUUCCAGGAGUAUGAGCUCACCCUGAUGAGACACCACGUUCUGACCUGGGUGAAGUUCCUUUUUGGCUACCUCUUGCCUUUGCUGACAAUGAGCUCCUGCUACCUGUGCCUCAUCUUCAAGACGAAGAAGCAAAACAUUCUGAUAUCCAGUAAGCAUCUCUGGAUGAUCCUGUCUGUGGUCAUCGCCUUCAUGGUUUGCUGGACUCCUUUUCACCUGUUCAGCAUUUGGGAACUCAGCAUUCAUCACAACAGCUCUUUCCAGAACGUGCUGCAGGGCGGAAUCCCUCUCUCUACUGGCUUGGCCUUCCUCAACAGCUGCUUGAACCCCAUCCUUUACGUUCUAAUAAGCAAGAAGUUUCAAGCUCGAUUCAGGGCCUCUGUUGCCGAGGUACUAAAGCGGUCACUGUGGGAGGCCAGUUGCUCUGGUACAGUGAGUGAACAACUCAGGAGUGCUGAAACCAAGAGCCUGUCUCUCCUAGAAACUGCCCAAUGAGUAUUUUGUGCCCAGAAAACCAGUGCAAAGUUUCUGUGGGAGCCUCAUAACCAAUCCUUUCAGAUUAGGAUUUGUUCCGAUCUAAAAUGAUUGUAUUUUUGUUCGGUUACGUUUUUGCGUGGGUAUAAAAGGCAGGAUCUCUUCCUUGCAAUUUAAAUCAUGUAUCUUUCUGCCUGCCCUCUGGUGGCAAUUCUGAUACUGACACCCUAAAAGUUUCCCCCACUCUUUUAGCCUUCGUCUAUUAAUGUACGCAAUAUAUGUAUCAGAUUAAAUAAUUUUUAUAGUGUAUACCACAUCAUAUUAAUCAUCUCUGUUGAAAAACUAUCAGGCUGACUUUUUUUCUGGUUUGCUUUUGAGUCAUUUUGUGUGUAUGUUAAUGUAUUUAUAGAUGUACAUGUAUGUAAACUGUAACUAAAUCAUUUUUCUCAUGGAGACACUCUCUUUUUUUUUGAGACAGGGUUUUUCAGUUGUCUAGAGCUCACCAACCAGGCUAAAAUAGCUAGCCAGCAAGUGCCAGAGAUCUGCCUAGCUACACCUCAACGAGAUUGCCAGUGCUUUCUCUAAUGUGUGUUCCAGGAGUUGAACUCAGGUUGUCCUUGAAUGCACUCUGGCUAAGGUGAGCCAGCUCCCCAGCUCCCUCAUCAUCACCUUUUCAGUCAAAAACAAAAAAACAAAAAAACCAAACAAACAAACAAAAAAAAAGCCAACCCUUUUGUUUGGGGUAAGGUCUCACUAUGUAGGCUAGGCUGGACUCAAGCUUCCAUAAACUAUAAAGUAUUAGUUGGCUAUGGAUUUAAAACUUCCAUUCCUGUUAACUGUUUAUUUAGUAAGUUGCUUAAAACAACAAUUUAUUGUUAGUAUAGCUCAAUUCUGAGUUUCUGGAAUAUAAACAAGACAGGGUGAUUUGACCCUGCUUCUUAUGCUUGGAGCUUCAGGUAGGUAAUAAUGCUAAUGGCCUUAUCUUGGAAUACUUGGGCUAGUUAAUCAGUAGAUCUUGUCCUUCCUCUUGUAAUUGCCCCAUGACCUCUCCGGGGGUCACCAGACUUCCAGCUGCAAGCCGCAAGUGCUCUGCUAUUGAGCCACAUCCACAGUCCUCUUACAAGUUAUGAAUGUCAUACACACAGCAUUGUUUCCACCAUAUCAAAUUGGCCAAAGCAAGACUAGGCUGGCUCAGAACGAAAGGAAGGGGACAGACUCUUUGCCCCUUUAUGAAAUAUGUCUACAAUUUUGUGUUCAUUCUUAGUCCUCCAGAACAUCAUGAUUAUGGAAAAUUCUAGCUAAGUACAAGUGUGUAGAUUACUAUAAACAUGUUUCCAGAUGGUAUAGAUGCUCUUCAGAGAGCAUGCACUGACAGCACAAUUCUAUCUUGUUCUUUUGUUUACAGAGACACGAGAAUAAGAUGAAUAAAAUGUACCUUUGUCUGUUCUCCAGAAGCCCUAGAAUACCAAGUGGUGCCCUCUGCCGGCUCUCGUGACUCUGACAGGGCCCCAGCCAGCUCUCUUGGUUCUGCUACGGCCCCCAGCCUGCUCUCAUGCUUCUGACAUGCUCUGCAGCAGGCUCUAACAGUUCUGCUCUAACCCUUUCUCUGCUUUCAGGCUUUUGACAAUACUGCCCUCUGCUGGCCCUCAUGAUUCUAACCUGGAAAAAAUUUCUACUACUUUAGGACGGGUCUGUUGAAGUAUAUUCUCCUUAGUACAUGUUUUAUUGAAUCUAUGUAUGAACGUGAAGCUUCCCUCACUGAAGGUAGUCAACAUAAAACCAGACUGAGAGCAAGAGUACUGUCUGACUGAAGUAACUGAAUUAUUCUUCUAGAGUCCUAUCUAUAAAAUACAGAAAACUUUGUUUUUAAGACAAUGUUUCUUUGUAUACACAACUCUCAUGGACUUUAUAACUCAGGUUGGCCUUGAACCCACGAGUCUGCAUUUUUCUUCCUCCUGAGUGUUGUGUUUAAAAAUGUGCACUACCACCACCUGGCUCACAGAACACAAACCCCAAACUUUAAAAAUUAUGGUAAAUACAUUUAGUUACUGUAUGUACCAAAUUUUUAACACAAAGCUGAAAUGCUGUGAUGUACUUUUUUUUUAAAGAUGUUUUAUGUAUGUAUAUGAGUGGUCUAUCUACACCUGCCUGUCAGAAGAGGGCAUCGGCUCCCAUUACAGAUGGUUGUGAGCCACCAUGUGGUUGCUGGGGUUUGAACUCAGGACCUCUGGAAGAGCAGUCAGUGCUCAUAACCGCUGAGCCAUCUCUCCAGCCCCCCAUGCUGUACUUCUUGAGCAGUAUGAUC